AUGCAUACGAUCCUUCCCUUCUUCCUCCUGGCCGCUGCCAGCCUCACAGAUGCCGCUGCAACGGUCUAUCUGAUCCGGCAUGGCGAAAAGCCCAGCAACCGGGGUAACGGUCUGAGCACCACGGGCCUGGGGCGCGCCCAGUGUCUGAAGAACGUCUUUGGUCCCAACUCCGGCUAUGAUAUCGGGUAUAUUAUGGCUCAGACUCCUAAGAGCAAUGGCAAACGUGCCCGUCCUUAUGAUACCGUUGAACCACUCGCUGAACGACUCGGUCUGACCGUCGACACCUCCUGUGGCCGCGACGAUUCGUCGUGCGUCAAGGACGUCGUCGACAGCUACAGUGGAAGCGGGAAUAUCCUGAUCUGCUGGGAACAUGAUGCCUUGACGGAUAUCGUUCAGGCCUUGGGUGAUGAUAAUGCGCCGACAUACCCAGAUGACAGAUACGAUAUUAUCUGGACGGAUCCAUCCCCGUACACGGCUGUCACCUCGGAGACCAGUGAGAACUGUCCUGGUUUGGAUUCUUAA